AGAUCGUUAUGUUCAUCAGUUUGAUUUAUGAAUUGUACCCAAUAGUAACCAUGAAAUUCAUCGUCGCUUUCUUGGCUGUACUUGCCGUUGGUUCCGUCAGUGCCACCCCGCUUUUGGGCAGCUUGGACUUGGGCGCUGUGCUUGGAUCAGUUACCGGUGUAUUGGGCAAUUUGUCAUGUAGUCUUAAUGGACUAGUUGGCAAUCUUCAAAACACAAUCAACAAUCUCGUUGGAACCGUUCUUCAAAUCGUAGAACAACUUGUUGCUGCUGUCAGCGCUGCUUUGAACGGCAUUGUUGCUCAAGUCAACGGCCUAGUUGCACUCGAUGGAUGCGGUCUCACCGGUGUUGUUACUGGUCUUAUCGGCACUGUUGGCGUCACACUUAACGAUGUCAUUGGACAAGUUCAAUGCAUCCUCGAAAAUGUUACCGGCAGUCUUGAUGAACUCGUCGCCUCACUCGAUGUUCUACUGAACAACCUACUUUGCGCCGUCCAAGAUCUUCUCCAAACUGUCGUUGCAGCCGUUGCCGAACUCCUCUACAAAGUGAGCAAAGCCGUUGAUGAAGCUUUGGCUCAACUCCAAUUGGCACUCAAAGCAGUUGUCCAAGUUAUUAACGACACCCUGAACUGCCUUCUGGAACAGCUCCAAAACAGCCCACUCGGUUGCGCUCUGGACGGACUUCUUGGGCAAGUUUCCGUUAUUGUUGCCGAACUUCUACGCGAAGUAGCUAAAGUUGCUGAUGGCCUCGUUGCUAACGUACGAGUAGUUCUACGCAAGCUAAACAUUGAAUUGCAAAAAAUCCUCUGCCGUCUUCAGGCAGCAUUGGGAAACCUUGGACUCGAAUGCCCAUGCUAAAUCGAAAAGAUCUAGACUUGAACGUGAUAUUACCUUAGUGUUAGAAAACAAUAAAAUUGAAAGAAAGAAA